GAGAAUAAAAACACUACAACACUACAACUAUAAGCUCUACCUGAUGCCUGUGCGGCAGGCAUGCCGCCGGCAGAGGGAGUCGAAUCGGCGACUGCUAAUAGGGCACCAUCCUAUGCAGCGGCGGUAAGGAAUGUCCUCUCCGGCCACCGCCUGCACUCGCAACCGCAACUAUUUUCGGAUGUGGACUUCAAAGAACUCCCGGCCAAAACGCCCGACAGAUUCAGAGGUUCUCCGGCUAUCUCAUUCACUGGAAACGACAUACAGGUACUUUCCUCCAAUUUCCGAUUCGCUCUAGUUGGGACAUUCUUACAAAAACGCCCUCCCAUCAGUGUGAUAAGCAAAGCAAUGGAGGCGUUAGGGUUUGUCCAACCCUACUCCGUCGGACUUAUCCACUCGCACUGGAUUCUGGUAAACUUUCGCUCUGACUUUGAUUUUCAGAGAUUUUGGCUAAAGAACACCUGGGACUUCUUCGAAUCCACGAUGACAGUCACCAGGUGGACACCUUUCUACUCCGACGACUCUGAUUGCACAUUGUGUCCCAUUUGGGUGGCCCUGGAAGGGCUGCCUAUCCAUCUUCAUGAUGUUAGGAUUUGUUCUCAAUUGCUGGUGUAUUGGGCAAACCUCUAAAAAUUGAUGCUCCCACUGCAAAUUUUUUCCAGCCUUCCACAGCUUGAAUUUUGAUUGAAAUUGAUGUCUCAAAGGAACUCCCUCGCAAAAUCUGGAUUGAUAACGCAGAAUCAGAUUUUUUUCAAGCAGUACUGUACGAACAUUUACCAGCCUUCUAUUCUUGUUGUUCUAAGUUAGGGCAUUCUAGCAGAAAAUGUUCUCGGGUCUCAAAUCCUAUGAUGCAACUGGCUGAGGGUGCUGGAACUAGGGAACAUGCUUCUCAGAUUGCCCAGGUUGGCCGAGUUGACCCAGUUGAUGUUUAUGUCCCUCUUCUUGAUUCUGACCCAAAAAUGUUUCUGAUGCUUUUGAUGCACGUUUCUGAUAGUGCUGUGUUUGAAGCUAAACUUAUUGAUGCUUCCCCAUUUAUUGAUGAAAAAAUUUGUCCCCAAACUGUUAUUCAGCCCCAAGAGUUAGCAUUGCAACCUAAUAUUAUGCCCCCAUGUGCACAAAAUGCUGCUGUUGUGCUAGACAGUGCUCAACUCCAAGUUGUAGCAUCAAAUGAACUAAUAGCCUUGAGGCUAAGGCUAUGUUGCGGUGUUGCCUGAAAAAUUCCCUACUCCCCGCCCCUUUGAUAUAGUUACAAAUGAUGCUUUUGUUGUCCAGGGAUGUGCAGACAUUGCUUCUGUUGUACUGGUUGACAAUGUUCAGCCCCGGUUUCAGACUAUGGAUGUGCUCCCAGCACAACUCCCUACCUCCCCGCUUUGAUAUUGUUACAAAUGAUGCUUCUAUUGCUACAACCUGUGAUGUAGUCCUUUGUGUUGCUGCUUCUGAUUCAUUAGGUGGUACCUCUGUUUUGAAAGCUUUAGAGUCCUCUGCUAUCUCAGAUUUUGCUACAGAUGCUACUGCCCGUGUUGAUACCAAUGAAACUACAUCUGUAGAUAAGGUUGGCCCGGUUGACUUACUUGGUUACCACCCGGUUUGAUGCUUGUGAUGUUACACCAGAAACCAAGGUUGGCAAGACUGUCUUACUGGUUACCCCCUGGUGCCAAUGCAGAAGGCCCUUCUGAUGCAAUUGUGUUUGAUGAACCCCCGGUGGCUACCUGUAACAAGAUGGUAACCGUAGGCGUCAUUCAUCAAACAAGCGUCUCUUAUCCCUAUGCUACUAACGAUGCUAUUAUAGGACAUGAUGAUCUUGUAUCUGAUCCUUUGUGUACUGAUACUAUACUUGUCCCCUUGUAGUCCAGUGAUGAUAAUACCUUAUCUGAGGACACCCACAGUGUUAUUCACUCUUUUUCAGGUACUAAUGAAGAAGAGAAUCUUGAUGGCUUUAAACCGGUAAAACAAAAAGGAAUAAAAACACGAGCUCAACACUAAUCCCAAUUGACGAAGAAAAGGACUACCAACUAUUUUACCAAGUGGGAUAUACCUCGCACCCUAUGGUCACCAGGAGGAGUCAGUGCAAAAAACCUCAAAAUGCAGCAGACUAUUAUCUAUACCCGGUUGAUGAAAGGUUUGACUCACCACAUAAACUGGCAGAUGCUCUCAAGCGCUAUAUUAAAAAUCACCCGGACAGAAACUCCUUCCAGCCCUAUCUCUAGAAACCAAUCUGAUUUCACAACAAAUACAACGAGCUAUCUCAGCAUCACUCAGAAUUCCUACAAAAAACUUCAACUAUUGAUGUACUUUUAUUUCCACCGUAGCUUUUGCUUUUUGUACCCUUUCAUUUCAUUUUCCCUGUUCUUUUUCUUUUAAUUAUGUACCCUUUCAACUUUAUUUAAUAAAUUAGGGAGAUGUUCCUCGGGACUCCCCCACCUCGUGUGGUUGCUCCGGGAAAAAAGAAAGAAAGGGUGUAUUGCAUAUGAAAUUAGUGACAA